UUCAAAAAGCAAUCCGAAACCGAAACAUGCAUUCACGAACAUAUAGGUGAAUCACUGUUUUCCGUUUAGAAAGGUUAACCAUUCCCUCGUCUUUCCCUACCUCCGCCGUCACCUUACCACCUCUGGUAAUGAGGAUUCUAGGGAAAAUUCUCGCUACUUUUCUCAUCCUCCUCUUCCUUCGCUUCACGGCACCAUCGACGGCGGAUAUCAUAUCCGUGAAGAUCCGAUCCCAUAACCGAGAUAUGAUCCUCUUCUCGGAGUUCGAAUACUCACAUACCGGCUACGUUUCCGUCGCGGUCUCCUCCGUCGGGAUCUCCUCCAUUCCGGUCACAUCCAACUUAUCACAACCUGAUCCUUCGCGUAUCGGUUUCUUCCUUCUAUCGGAUGAAUUAUCAGCCCGCUACGACCACGAAUUCGAACAAAACCCUGAUUUGUGCGCCUUGGAUAUCAAAUUCAUCUCAGUCCUCUUUACUUUCCGGGAUCUCUCCCCUCCUCCUCAGUCGUCCUUCAACAAAUCGUACAAUGUCACAUAUCCCGGCAAGUAUUUACUCUACUUUGCAAAUUGCAACGACCUAUCACUCGUGACAAUGGAUGUCCGAACAGAACUCUACAACACCGAUGAAGACGGCACCACCAAAGAUUAUUUAUCAGCCGGGCUACCGCAUCCGUCUCUUUUCUUCAGAUUGAUCCUCAUGUAUCUGUGUUUUUUAGUAGUUUGGAUCUACAUAUCAUUAAAGAACCAGCAAUGUUUCAAGAGGAUCCAUUUACUAAUGGGUGUGUUGCUUGUUAUAACUCUUGUUUACUUUUUAUGUGCGAUGGCGGAUCAACAUGACCUUCAGGUUACUGGAAGCCGUCAUGGAUGGCAUACCUGGUUCAACAUAUUUCAGUUUAUGAGGAAUUUGCUUUUCUUCACCUUAAUCGUGAUGAUCGGUGCUGGAUGGUGUAUCUGGAAGCCGUUUUUGCAAGGAUGCGAAAUAUUCACUUUGACAAUCGUGAUCCUACUUAAGGGUUGGGCUAAUCUAACUUUUAUAUCGAUAGUGGAAUCUGGGCCUUAUAAUAAAGACUGGCUGGAUUUGAUAGAUAAGUUUAGGUUUAUAGAUGUCAUCUGUUGCUUGGUGGUUUUUAUCCACACUUUUUCUGUUGCUCUUGCUGCUGCUUCUGCUGCGUUCAAAGAGGAAGAGGCUACGGAUAAAGAUACAUCUAUGUCUAUGUCUAUGUCGUUUACCAGGCAGAUUGUGUUCGCUAUGUUGGUUUUAUUUUAUAUUGUCUAUUCAUCGGCAGCGAACAUCCCGCUGGAGAGUACUGCGCGGCUGGAAACUGGCAAUUAUGUGUUCUAUGUGCUGAUGUUUUGCAUGUACAGGCCAUUUCUUCUCGAGGAUAAUGAUGAGGAUUUAAACUGUAAGGGGUUUCUUGAUCAUACUGGUGUCUAGGUGAGUUGUCAACUUAAUCUUUUAAGUAGUUUUUCGUACAACAGUUUGAUUUGUUUUGUUCUUGACAUAUAAGUGGUUGGUUGAAAUUUGAAUGUUGAUGUGGUAGUUAUUUAUA